AGAACCACUGAGCGUCACGACACUAACAGAACCUCCAGAACCACGGAACCAGACGGAGCUGCUGCCAGAGCUGCCUGAUUGGUACAGAACCAACCUGGUUCUGGAUCAGAACCGGUCUGCUGCCUGGUUCUGAUCCCUGUGAUGUGGACAGAACCKCCAGAACCAGUGACAUCAUUGSUCAGAGCAGAGAGUUUCUGAUGAAGAGUUUUCCCUUAGUGAUGAAGAUGAACCCACACAUCCUCCUCCUCCUCCUCACUCUGCCGCUCUGGACCAAUCCCAGCACAGCAUCCCAGCCGUCCAAUCAGAGCGCUGCGUGGUGAUGUCAUGGAGCUGCUGUGGAGCUGAUGCUGCCGAGCUGCAGAGCAGAGCAGAGAGCAGAGCGGCGAGGCUGCAGGAACUGAUUCUACUACCUCACCACAGUGUCUUUGCCGGAGAACAGCAGGAUCAUGACCCUGACAGCSUACAGAGAGAAGAUGCGAGAGCUCCCCCUGGUGUCCAUCUUCUGCUCCUGCAUCCUGCCUCAACCCAGGGAGCCGACGGCCAACAAGACGGAAGGCGUGGUGGACCUGAACCUGUGCAACAUCCGGGACAUGGAGGUCAUCGAGCUGAGCAAGCGCGCGAGCGGCCAGGCCUUCGAGGUCAUCCUGAAGCCGCCGACCUUCGAUGGAGCCCCGGAGCUGAGGGCCACCACGCCGCCCCGCCAGAAGCCGUCGCUGGCGGAGAUCCAGAAGAAGCUGGACGCUGCGCAGGAGAGGCGGAAGUGUCAGGAGGCGGAGCUGCUGAAGCACCUGGCCGAGAGGAGGGAGCACGAGCGCGAAGUGGCGCAGAAAGCUUUGACCAAAGACCGCCAGGAGCAUCGCGUCAACGCCAACCAGAKGCACCUGAACGCCUCACAGGAGGAGGACAAGCACAGUGUGGAGGUGAGGAUGAGGAUGAGGAGGCAGCCAUGAUGGAUUCUGGGUGGGCGGAGUCAAGCCAAACCCUCUGACCCAAACCAUCAGGGUUUAUGGCACAGGUGUCAGUCAAACUCCGGUCCUGAGGGCCUGACCUGCACCUUGUAGAUGUGCCUCUGCUGCACCACCUGGAUAGAAUAAUUAGGUCAUUAGCAAGACCUGAUCUACUGAA